AUGACUAUCUCUGUCGAAAACCCUGUUUUUGUGCAUGAGGAUUUUACGACCCAAAAAAAGACCGAAGAGUUACAGUUGGACAACGGGGUUCUAAUGACGAAGAAAUCAUCUGAUGAUGAUGUGUUUUUGGCUCCUGAGAUGAAUGCAUUUGGUCGUCAAUUCAGAAAUUACGAGGAUACGAACAGCGAGAGGCAGAAAAGCGUCGAGGAAUUCUACAAAACACAACACCACAAUCAAACUUUAGACUUCGUAAAGAAAAUGAGGGAAGAGUAUGGGAAAUUGGACAAGAAGGUGAUGAACAUUUGGGAAUGCUGUGAACUCCUUAACGAAGUGGUUGACGAGAGUGAUCCUGAUCUUGAUGAACCACAAAUUCAGCAUUUGCUUCAAUCUGCAGAGGCAAUCCGUAAGGAUUAUCCUAAUGAAGACUGGCUUCAUUUGACUGCUCUUAUCCAUGAUCUUGGGAAGGUUCUUACUCUUCCACAGUUUGGAGGGCUUCCUCAGUGGGCUGUUGUUGGUGACACAUUUCCUGUUGGAUGUGCAUUUGAUGAGUCUAACGUACACCACAAGUAUUUUAUGGAAAACCCUGAUUUUAACAACCCAAAUUACAAUACGAAAACUGGGAUCUAUUCUGAAGGAUGUGGCCUUGAAAAUGUUUCCAUGUCAUGGGGCCAUGAUGACUACAUGUAUAUGGUGGCCAAAGAGAAUGGGAGCACCUUGCCAUCCCCGGGACUGUUCAUCAUCCGAUACCACUCCUUUUAUCCAUUGCACAAGGCUGGAGCUUACACCCACCUUAUGAAUGAGGAAGACAAGGAGAAUCUCAAAUGGCUCCAUGUUUUCAACAAGUACGACUUAUACAGCAAAAGCAAAGUACACGUCGAUGUCGAGAAGGUUAAGCCGUACUACAUGUCGAUUAUCAAGAAAUAUUUCCCGGAAAAUUUGAGGUGGUGA